UUUUUUGAAUCUAGAAAUUGGUCAUUUUUAUGGCCUGUGAAGAAAGCCGGCGUAAACUAAUGGAACGAAUUCAGAACCCUGAGUAUUCAACAACUAUGGACGUUGCACCUGUCAUUUUAGCUGCUCAUCGUAACAACUAUGAAAUCCUUACCAUGCUGUUAAAGCAGGAUGUGUCUCUCCCCAAGCCGCAUGCUGUUGGCUGUGAGUGCACAUUGUGUUCUGCAAAAAACAAAAAGGACAGUCUCCGACAUUCCAGGUUUCGUCUUGAUAUAUACAGAUGUUUGGCCAGUCCAGCUCUGAUAAUGCUAACAGAAGAAGAUCCAAUUCUGAGAGCAUUUGAGCUUAGUGCUGACUUAAAGGAGCUCAGUCUUGUGGAGGUGGAAUUCAGGAACGAUUAUGAGGAACUAGCUCGACAAUGUAAAAUGUUUGCUAAAGAUUUGCUUGCACAAGCCCGGAAUUCACGUGAAUUGGAAGUCAUCCUAAACCAUACAUCUAGUGAUGAACCUCUUGAUAAACGGGGACUGCUAGAAGAAAGAAUGAAUUUAAGCCGUCUAAAACUGGCUAUCAAAUAUAACCAAAAGGAGUUUGUCUCCCAGUCCAACUGCCAGCAGUUCCUGAACACAGUUUGGUUUGGACAAAUGUCGGGUUAUCGUCGUAAGCCCACCUGUAAGAAGAUAAUGACUGUCUUAAUGGUUGGCAUCUUUUGGCCAGUUUUAUCAUUGUGUUAUUUGAUAGCUCCCAAAUCUCAAUUUGGAAGAAUCAUCCACACUCCUUUUAUGAAAUUUAUUAUUCAUGGAGCCUCGUACUUCACAUUCCUGCUGUUAUUAAAUCUGUACUCUCUUGUCUACAAUGAGGAUAAGAAAAACACAAUGGGGCCAGCCCUUGAAAGAAUAGACUACCUUCUUAUUCUGUGGAUUAUUGGGAUGAUUUGGUCAGACAUUAAAAGACUCUGGUAUGAAGGAUUGGAAGACUUUCUAGAAGAAUCUCGAAAUCAGCUCAGCUUUGUCAUGAAUUCCCUGUAUUUGGCCACCUUUGCUCUCAAGGUGGUAGCUCACAACAAGUUUCACGACUUCGCUGAUCGCAAGGACUGGGAUGCCUUCCAUCCGACCCUGGUGGCAGAAGGGCUGUUUGCCUUUGCAAAUGUGCUGAGUUAUCUCCGUCUGUUUUUUAUGUAUACCACCAGCUCUGUCCUGGGUCCCUUACAGAUUUCUAUGGGACAAAUGUUGCAAGAUUUUGGAAAAUUUCUCGGGAUGUUCCUUCUCGUUUUGUUUUCCUUCACAAUUGGACUGACACAACUCUAUGAUAAAGGCUACACACCAAAAGAACAGAAGGACUGUGUGGGCAUCUUUUGUGAACAGCAAAGCAAUGAUACUUUCCAUUCGUUCAUCGGCACUUGCUUUGCUCUGUUCUGGUAUAUUUUCUCCCUAGCCCAUGUGGCAAUCUUUGUCACAAGGUUCAGCUAUGGAGAAGAGCUGCAGUCCUUUGUUGGCGCCGUGAUCGUUGGCACUUACAACGUUGUGGUUGUCAUCGUCCUUACCAAGCUGCUGGUCGCCAUGCUUCACAAAAGCUUUCAGUUGAUAGCAAAUCAUGAAGACAAGGAAUGGAAGUUCGCCCGAGCAAAGCUAUGGCUUAGCUAUUUUGACGACAAGUGUACACUUCCGCCACCCUUCAACAUCAUUCCUUCACCAAAGACCAUCUGCUACAUGAUCAGCAGCCUCAGUAAGUGGAUUUGCUCUCACACUUCAAAAGGGAAGGUCAAGCGGCAAAACAGUUUAAAGGAAUGGAGAAACUUGAAACAAAAGAGAGAUGAGAACUACCAGAAAGUGAUGUGCUGCUUAGUGCAUCGGUAUUUGACCUCCAUGAGACAGAGGAUGCAGAGCACAGAUCAGGCCACUGUGGAGAACCUAAAUGAGCUGCGCCAAGACCUGUCCAAGUUCCGGAAUGAAAUAAGGGAUUUGCUUGGCUUUCGGACUUCCAAAUAUGCUAUGUUUUAUCCAAGAAAUUAACCAUUUUCUAAGUCUCGUAGAGAAUAAUUUUCAAUACAGAUCUGAAAAACUGGGUAUUUGCAUAACUAGCAAUGAAACUAAUAAGACAUAUAUUGAAAUAAACAAUUAUAUAAAAGCCAUUCUUCAAAAAUAUUUAUAGCAUAAAUAUGUUAUGUAAAAUAUGUAUAUAGAAUUAGUUUUUUAAAAGCCAUCUGUCAGCUUUUUGUAGGAGCAAAACUAAUUAUUAGAUUUUGUUAGCAUGCUGCUUAGUUUUCUUAAUGGGACAGUGCUUUAUGCUGUCUUUAAUGUUUAAGAAGGGCAAUCAAAAAUGUACAAGUCAUCCACAAAGUUAAAUGAGUAUCAGCCAAUGUGGGCUGAUCUCCUGCCAUAAGAUACACUUGAAAUAUAAGUCAUGGUUUAAAAAAUCUCUGUUAUAGGAGUCCACAUAUAGUUCCAUAUUUAUUGUUUAGGAGUAUAAUUUUACCUAAAAUAAUAAUCUAUUUUUUUCUUUUGUUACAAUCUUAAACAACAAACAAAAAACACUAAUUCAUAUUUGAAUCUGUUUCUGUUCUUAUCUAUUUAAAUCCAUUUCAUUUUUGUUACUGUAAU